UCAAUAAUUAUACAAGAUAUCAGUAGAUGUAUAUCUCGUGAGUUGAAUUCUAGAUUCUCACGUCAUGAUUACAAUAAACUUGUUGCAAUAGACUCCCAAGUAGACAAAAUGAUGGAGUUAUUGGAUAUGGAAUCGGAUGAUGUUCUCUUCGUAGGAAUUCAUGGGAUGGGUGGAGUGGGUAAGACAACGCUGGCCGAAAUAAUUUAUGAUAGAGUUUCUAAUUCUUAUUGUCGAUUUGAAGGAAGCAGCUUUAUUUCUUGUAUUAGAGAAAAAUCUACUACUGCUCGUGAUCAAGCUUUUUUACAAAAAGAACUCAUUUCUACAAUCAUGCAAGAAGAAAUACAUGUAUGGGAUUAUCACCAAGGAAUUAGGAUGAUAAUGAAGAUGCUGCAGAAUAAAAGGGUUUUUAUUGUCCUUGAUGAUGUGGAUAGUGACGAGCAACUGACGGCAUUAGCAGGGGAUCGGAAAUGGUUUGGUCCAGGGAGUAGGGUGAUUAUAACAUGCAGAGAUAGUCAUCUGUUGAGAACACAUGAAGUGAAUGAUAUCUAUAAGGUUGAGCAGCUUGGAAUAGAAAAAGCUUUGCAACUCUUUAGUUUGUCAGCUUUCAAGAAAACCCAUCGUACAGAGAAUUACAUGGAUCUAUCUAAGCAUUUUGUUAAGUAUGCUCAAGGCCUUCCAUUAGCUCUUAAAGUUUUGGGUUCCUUCUUAUUUGGGAGAACAAUAGAUGCGUGGGAAAGUGCUAGGGAUCAACUAGAAGCAAUUCCUAAUCGAAAAAUUAUGGAUGUACUUCAAAUAAGUUUUGAUGGGCUGCAGGAACUGCAAAGAGAGUUAUUUUUGGAUGUGGCGUGUUUCUUCGGAAGACAGGACAUAUUUUCUGAGAUCAUGUUAGAAAGAUUUGAUCAUUAUCACAUCGACAUGGAUGUUCUCGUCGAGAAGUCCCUCAUAAGCAAAUCAAAAUAUGGAUGGUUGUCCAUGCAUGAUUUGCUAAAAGAACUGGGCAAGGAAAUUGUUCGCCGCGAAUGCCCUGAAGAACCGGGACGACGUAGUAGACUGUUUCGUGUGGAUGAUCUCUAUCACGUACUGAAGAAUGAUACUGGAACUGAUGCAGCUAAAGCCAUAGUCGUGGAUUUUUGUCCUAAAACGAAAGAUCAGGUACUCAACGCCAAAGCAUUUUCAAAGAUGGGAAAAUUGAGAUAUCUUAAAUUCCAUGGUUCUCGAAAUAAUUUAAAAUGGCGUGGAAAUCCUUUAAAAUACAUGCCAACUAAUGAGUUGCGAUACCUAGAGUUGCCUGGAUAUCAUUCGAAAUCCUUGCCGAGCAGUUUCCAACCUGAAAAUCUUACUGUACUAAGGAUGCGUGGCAGCCGUAUCAAACAACUAUGGAAGGGGUCGAUGGUUUUAGACAAUUUAAAGGUAUUUGAUCUGAGUCAUUCAAAGAACUUGAUUGAAACACCAGAUUUGACUGGAGUCCCAAAUCUUGAGAGAAUAUACCUGAAAGGUUGUAGAAGCUUGUGUGAGGUCCACCCAUCCAUCGGAAGUCUCAAACGAUUAAAAGCAUUGGAACUUGAGAAAUGUUCAAGCCUUGAGAAGUUACCAGACCUGAGUAGUUUGGAACGCAUGACCUAUCUUUCGGCAGGUAGAACUGCUAUAACACAAAUGCCAUCUGUCAAUCUAAGGCCCAAGAGCAUCCGUCACCUUUGGUUUUUUCUUCAAGGACGCAAGUUGAUGCGACUUAAAUCAAGGGAACCCAUCUAUGAUAUCGGAUCACUUGUAGAAUAUCAGAAGGAUGGAACAUAUGAUCACCUAGAGGCCGCGUGGAUUGAUUUUGACAGCAAAGGAGAAAAUAUUUUAGACAUGGCAGGUGGAGUUGUUUCGGCUAUAGAUGACAAUUUGAAUAUGAUAAGUGGAUGGUCGUUGGGAUUCCAUAUCCCGGAGUGGGUCCAGUAUAAAAGUAAUGGCUCCUCUGUAAAGAUAGAUUUGGAUGCUCAUACGAAUCCGGAGAUGGGCUUUGCUUUCUUUAUUGUCUGUGAUUCUGAUCAAUUCAAGAGUUGGAGUAAAUAUUCGACAGCGGUGGGGCUUACAAUAGUGUUUGCGACGGAUGAAGAAUAUAAUGUGGAAUAUGAUUGUUCGCAUUACAGAUUAAUACCUACUAUCUGGAACGUCUCCUUGCGUAAGCAAAUUGGAUUCUGGGUGUAUAUACCGGUGGUUUUGCGGUUUUUAGAUAUACGGAGGGUCAUUAAGAUUUCAUUUAAAACAGGCUGGCGUCGGUAUUUAGCCAAUAGUCUUGUAAAAGAAGAAGUAGAAGUGAAAGAAUGCGGGGUGCAUUUAGUAUGUCCAGAUGAUGCUAAUUCAAAGUUCUAUAAUAGCAUUGCUCCUUUGGGCCGUUCGGGAUCUUCAAAUUCAUAUUUCCAUCGACGAUUUUUUGCCUCUAUUAGGAAGAAUGAGAAGGACGUUAUGUUCUUUCUGAGACGGAAAUGGGAUUGGGAUUGGGAUUGAGAUCAGAUAUGUUUGGGGUUUUAUCCAUUGAAUGCAUGCCUGGAGAGUGACCGUUCAUUGUACCCAGUUGUUUGCGGCACUUUAAAUUAAGGUUGUUAAGUCUUUAAGCUCUUUAUUAAUGCAUGUCAGUUGUUACAAAU